CUGGGCCUUCAAACCGCUCCCUCCCGACACCCCCCGCGCGGGCCCGCCCCGCCCCCUCAUUGGCUCUACCCCAUGCACUGCCGCGUUCCUAUUGGUGGGCUACCCCUGUGCCCCGCCCCCGGCUCCGACUGGCGCUCCCCGCGCGGGGCUGGGGCGGGCUCGGUGUUGCCUUCGGUGGGCGGCUGAUCCGGCUGCGCCUUCUGCCCCCCAUGGCGCUGCUGCUGGACCUGCUCCGCCGGCUGCUGGAGCUCCUGGGCUGGCCGCCCCACCAGGCCGUAUUUUUUGAAACUCGCAUGUUUGGCAGCAGUAUCACUCGUGCAAUCAGAACAUGCCUUCCUUCAGCAGUCUCAUCAGGAAGGCAUUUCCAGCAGUUGUACACCAUAAUAAGGAAGUAUCAAAUCAAGGUCACAUCUGUUUGCCAAAAAAAGCAAUAUGGAUCUACUCGAAGUGUUGUCCGGAGACUUGGGGCAAUUCUUUCCUUGGAGCCCUACCCAAGACCUUAUUUUCAACUUGUUCAAGACCCAAGUCCAUUGGGUUACGAUGAACAAAGUGCAGCUCCAACUCCUGUAGCUCCAUCACUUGCUGAUGUCCUGUGGGUGGCAAAUGAUGAAGGACAGGCUUUUACUAGACUUAGGACUGAAUUAUGGAGAAAAGAGAAACGUACAGCUCAUCAUGACCUAUAUCCAGCUAUAGAUUCAGUACAGAGCAUUCCAAAAAACAACGCACGAGAAGACAAUAUUGAUCAAGCAGCACUCCAGAAGAUUUCUGCACUUGAAGAUGAGCUAACCUUUCUUCGUGCUCAGAUUGCUGCAAUUGUUUCAGCGCAGACACUGGGAAGCAUUCCAUCACAAGCCUUUAAAACACCCAGCACUCCAGAUGGAUUUUACCCAGUGCCAGCCAUGACUUCCACACCAUUGUCCGUCUCUCACAACCACUUUGUAAUUCCCUUGCCUCCUCCACUUCCUUCUGGUGUACCAUCUGGUGUUGAUUCUAGUAAAUCUGCAAUGGAACUUAUAAAACAACGCCGUGCUGCAAGAAACGGUGAUUCAAGUGCAGCUGAUAGUGCUGAUCACCAGAAGACAAAGAAUGUUCCUAGUAUGAUGGAAGUUUUGAAAGACCUAAACAAAGUUCAGUUGCGAGCUAUUGAGAGGUCUCCUGGAGGUACUCCUCUUUCUAGACCCCAAAAGAGGCAAAGUUCAGAUUGGGAUCCAGUUGCUCUACUAACUCAUGCACUAAAGCAGAAAUUUGCACAUAAAAAUUAUGAUGAAGAUGAUUCUCUGGACAAAGAAAAUCGAUCUUUUGAUAACUCUCCAUUUUCUAGUCCGGAGAUCCCAACGGUUGGACGUUGCAGUCUGAAGCUAAAUGCAAAACCUAGCCUUACAAGAACUGAUGAAGUUGAACAGGAAUCCUCCCUACUUCAGGGCAGCCAUAACUGCUGCUGAUUGGGACUCCGCAUUCGGACAGUUCGUGGUCAGGAGUGACGGAUGACAUCAGGCAUGCGCAGGACGAAGAGAGGGGAGAGGAAUGGAACGUGAGGAUCAGAAAGAAACCCAGCAGAACCUUGGGCCUGUUGGUGAGGACCCUUACAGCUUCUGCUUUGCCAUUUCUUCCCUUUGCACGGUCUCAACAACAGGCUCUUGGCUACUCGGGAUCUUACUUGCUGCUGUGACCAAGACGGAGAUAGCAGUGCUAUAAGGAAAAGUGCAAAGCUGCCAUUAAGGAGUCUCUUCUUCAUUUAAAGUCUGUUCCUGGCUGCCAGUCACUUGACCCGAGUGGUCAUUGCUCCUACUACUGCUGUGUUGCUUGUGGAGCAAGCUUCUCCACUUGGCCUUGUUCCUCCUGAGAUGGUUUAGCAUAUUUUCAGAUAGGGGAGUAUCGCCUGUAAACUGGGCCCACCUCUCAAAGAGUGGCUCAACGAUGUAUGUCAUGAACCCUGGGGAAACACACAAGGGACAUCUGUUGAGCAACAAAUCCAUUCAGAGAGUGCCUUGAGAGCAAUGUAAGUGGCAAAAACCCUGAUAAGAAGUAACAAUAAACCCUCAAACAGACAUGGAGUCCUUUUGAAAUGCACAGCUUUUGACCAGCAUACAUGACAAGACACGGCUUUUGACCAGCAUGUGUAUCAGUAAAAUCUGUGAGAGUUGGCAUCCCUCUGAGGAGAUUUCAGACAAGAAAGUAACCAGUGUUUAAUCCCACAUUGGCUGCAAUUUUUCUCCAUGGACACUUUUUCCCCUAUGCAAUGACUCCUUUGUCUUUCUGUUGAACAUUUGGCUUAGAUAGGUUUCUUUUUGAACAUUUUAAUUUAGAACAUGUUUCGUAACUCUUAUGGUAUCCACAACUAGAGUGGGGUGGAGCAGGUGGUGGAGAAAAGCUUCUCUUUGAGCUUGUGCCAUAGUGAGAUAACCAUGAAGAGAAUUAAAUACUUACCAAUCUGUAUGCUUGGUAUUGUAUCCUUCUGCUGAUUACAAAGGGGGCUUAUUUCCAGUUCAAAUUUUUGUUCUAGAUCACCUGCAAAAAAAAAAAAAGAGCAAAUAUUUUUGUGCCACUUUUAUCCCUUCUCCAAACCUAUGCCACACUCUUACAGUGACUGCAACUGUGUGAAUUUCAGCAGUUGGAAUCUUCUACCAAUGAUGACCAUGUCAGAUGUCUAAAUACUUUCCUUUUCUGGACUUUUUAGGUAUUAGAGAAACUGAUUAUCCAUACAAAGAAAAAUCUAAGAAAGGAUAACUUUUGAAUGAACAUUAAAUCUGAGCAUGUAAGUGUUCUGAGGACUUUAAAAUAGACUCCUUCAUGUGAAAGACCUUUAAGACGUUUUAUAGUUCAUUUAUUUCAUUCACUUGUUCAUUUACUCAAAUGUCUUCCUAACAGAAAAUUGCAGAAUAUAAAUUUUAGAAGAAAUGUGCCUCUGGUAGUACUAUAGUGUGAGUUGGCUGGGGGAUCUGCUCACUCCAGAUGCCAACUCAGAUUGCUCCUGAUGCAGAACUGGUCAGAUUUGGCAUUGAGAUGAUGCUUAUAAACAGUCAGUAGAAACUAUUUCUGCAGAAACAGCCACACAGGGGAGUCUUCUGUAUAUAGCUAUGACAGGAGAUGUUUUUUAUGGAAUUGAAGGUAAUCAAUAGCAAUGACCUUGUGUAUACUGGAGUGGUCACAGAAGACCAAAGGCCAGCUGGAUUUAAGAAUUCAGAAAAAAAACAUCUCAGAGAGUCUCAUUUGCUCAUUGUCAUCCAGACAACAGUCACUUGUUCUGUUCUGCAUUUCCUUGUGCCUGCAAUUACUUUAUACAAAGAUCGCUAUAAGUGAGUAAAGUUUUGAGUGCGUUUUUGUUUUUUAAACAAACUCUGUGAGUGCAACACAUUCAUCCUUUGUGAUUGUUAGUUUUCUCUGCCAGUGUACAAUCCUGAUUACUUUCCAGUCUAUAGUAUGGAAGGGAAGUGAGAGUUAACUGUGUGCAAGCUAAGAUGUGCUCCUUCCCCUCAGAUAACAAAUAUUUUGUCCAUCUGAUUCACUAAUAAGAAUGUAGUGAGGGCUGGUUAGGUAAAAAUUGCCUGUAAGAAAGACUUGCUAGUUCAGGCAAAACACUGCAAAACCCAAUAAAGAAAUAUUUUGCUUUAAAUCCACUGGUUUUGUUUAAAAGCUCUUUUCUCCCCACUAACAGUUUUGAUUUAAAUGCUAUUGUGCUACUUAGGUUCUACAGUCCCAUAUAAAACACCAUGUGCAUUUCUAAGCCUUGCCCUUCUUCUCUCUGCAGCAUGCAAUUUCUUCUUAAAUGUGAGCAGAGUAUUUUCAGUUGUAAUUAGCUAUUUAGAAAAUAUCAGGGAAACAUUUUUAGCUUCAUAGACAGCAAAAGGAACAAUUUAGCAAAACUGACACAAAAUAACAGUUUAUCAUGUUUCCAAAUGUGCAGUUUGACUGUCUUCUUCUCAUCUACCUUCCAAAACUUUUUGACUGAAAAAAAGUGUCUAACUCCAGUGACAUCCCCUCUCUAAGUAUUCUGGGCUGAAAAUGGUUGACCUGCCUGGCUCAAAAUGUAUCAACAUCAUCUUGUCUUUGAGAAGUAAUUUAAUUGACAAAAGUAAGAUUUUCCUUUGUAUGGUAAGAACUUAAAAUGAUGGUCAAUUUUCUUAUGCUUCAAGUUACUGUAGAAGGAACUGCAUGAAUUAGUUUCCGAAAACUUUCAUGGUGGGUAAAAUCUUCCAAGCAAUUGUAAAACAUCAUAAGAGAAACUGAUCAUUAAUGUUGCUUAAACAUUAGCCAUUGUCGUGGGUUUUUGGAGGAGGUCAAACCACGACAGCCAUUUUCUUGAAACUUUUUCUUACCAGUUCCAGUUUCAUAUAAAUAAAUCAAGUUGCAUUACUUACCUUGUCUUCCUAACUGCCUUGUAAAACAUCUGAAAACAAGGUAAGGUAUUUUUCUAAAGAAAGUUUGUUAGGAGCUGCUGUAGGCAUCAGGUGCUCCCUGAAAUGUACCUGGGUUGUAUAUUUUAUUUACUAACAGAUUUAGCAUAGAUGCACCAGAAGACUAGAAGAUCAGGAUCUGAGUGUCUAUUAAAAUGGAAUUAGAAAUGUUUGAUACAAAAAAAUGUUAAAACUUUGUAUCUGUUCCAGAAGGAAGAUUAAACAAGGCACUAGUAGUGGUAUUCUCAGUAUCAUCUACAGUUAAAAAUCAAAAUAUGAGAGCUAUGGUUUCCAAAUGUUAAACUUAGGGCCAAAAAAUACCUUCAAGCCCCAGCACUGUGUGUAAAGGGGUACAGAGGUCUACAAAAACAUUUUAAAGUGGCAAUGGUAUCUAAACACAUGCUAUUUAUUAUUGGGGGGUUUUGUAUCACUUAACAUGAUUAUACAGCUACUGGUGAUAGUCAGACCACAGUUUCUGUAUAUUGUCCCACAUGAAAUGCUCUUUUUCUCCCUUUCAUGCUUCUAAUGGGUCUCAUAGAUCGGGUGUCUCCUUUCAGAGGUAUAUUUUAGAUGUUAGACUAAUAAAUCUUGAGGGCUGUGGAAAAAGCUUACAUUUAUAGGAGAUGAGAGUGCUUUCUCAUCAUGGUCCCUCAGUACACUAAGGUCCCACAUCACUGGGGCCCCGUUCUCAUGAGCUGGAUAUUGAUUAUGCCUCGACUAUACAUCUGACUAAAUAAACCUGCAUCUGGCAAGUUACUUACGUUGCUUCAAAGGCAUCAAAGCUGAAACUGACACUUGCUGAAAAUUAACUUGCUGACCUAUUUGUCUUUGUUAUGGAAUAACUGUACCAGGUACCAGUUUGGAUGUGGCUUAAUUUUGUAGUGCAAAAUUUCAAAUGAACUGAGAAUUUUAUUGCCUGCU